AUGUUUCUUGAUGGCAAACAGCCUGUAUCAUCAAGUGCUAUACAAGCUCCUGGUCACGUAUCUCUAGUUCGACCCGAAGUUGAACACGGAACACCACGUGCGUUAACUAUUGAGGAGAUCGCAGAGACAGUUGAGGAUUACAGAAGGGGUGCUGAGAAUGCUAAGAAGGCCGGGUUCGACGGUGUAGAGAUACACGGUGCCAACAACUACCUGGUAGAGCAGUUCUUGUUCGAUACCCAAAACGAUCGCACAGACAAAUACGGUGGAUCCAUUGAAAACCGAAUGCGCUUUAUGCUUGAGGUCACAGAUGCGGUUAUUAGCGUGUUUGGCGCUGCGAGAGUAGGUAUGCACCUGUCACCCCGUUCUUGGGGGCCUAAAUUCGGUGAUUCUGAUAUGAAGAUGGUCUUCACUCAUGUAACACAAGAACUGGAAAAGCGAAACAUUGCGUUCAUUUUCGCCCGAGAAAACUGGUUGGAUGAGGAAAUUCCUGAGAUUGGCCCGAAUGUGAUUAAAGCCAAUUUCUCAGGAGUAUUCAUAGCUAAUGAGAAAUUCGACCUUGAAUCGGGAGAAAAGGCGUUGCAGGAGAACAAGGCUGACGCUAUCGGCUUUGGAAUCCCAGCAAUUGCUAACGCUGAUCUUGUGGACCGGUAUAUGGCGGGUGCGGAGUUAAACAAACCAAACUUCGCUC